CUGCCACGUGAUCGUAGACUUUCCCUCUCUGCCGUCGCGCGCCCGCCGGUUUAGAAUAACUCGAAGCUCCGAGGUGCUUCCGACCAUUCGCGAAUUCGAUCCCGGGUGAUUCGCGUCUUAGUCGUAGCCGGAAAGCGUGCAAGAGUGCCGUCAUGGAAAUCGUCAAAGCAAACGACUCGUCCAGCAGCCUCGUCGAGCAAUCUAUGAACGUGUCGUCCGCGACGAAGUCCGUUUCGUCGACGAAAUCCGUACAAAGCGUCCAGUCAAAGUCAGUCGUGGAGUCGUCGACCUCGGUUAAAUCCGUCACUUCCUCGUCCACCAAGUCUCAACAAUCGAUGGAGUACGAGGAGUCGAUCGAGUACAGCGAGUAGUGUUAGAGAGAGCAACGUGAAUCCUCCCAAAGAAAAAAGAAAAGACAUCAUGCGAAGAGAGGCUAAGGACUAAGCGAUCGCAUUCGGCUGGAUUAGUCGUAUUGAGGAUAUAUUCACCCCUUCAAAAUCAUGCAUCAUCACGGACACGUCGCUCGACUCGAUCGUCCAACCUCCCUUCACACGCAGAGAAGACCACGUCAGAAACGGCAAACUGUUGCAGAUAACAUUCAUCAGAGACGAAAAUCAGGAAAAUCAGAAUUCGUUCGCGGCUCGCGAGUUGCCGGCCAAUCCGAGCUCGAGGAUCACGGUCGACGAUCAAGGAGGCGAAGGGAAAUCGAAUCGACGACGACGGGUCAAGGCGUCCACUCGUCGGGGUCACGGCACCGAAAUAACAAGCCGUCACACGCACAGUCGCGCCGUGCCGAUGAUUGUGACAAGAAGAAAUACGACGAGUCAGACGAGAGACGGACGGAGAAGAAGAAAUUGAAAACGUGCACGCGCGAGGGAACGUUCGGAAGCCUCUGGCCCUCUUCCAAUCGACGUGGUACGCCGCCAAAUAGCAGCUCACCCCCUCCUUUUCCCUCGAAGCAUCUUCCCCGUUCGGCUGCGUUACCAUCCACCUCGUGAAUACGCAAAUCAUUCUCUGUCAUGGUCGCACCUCGGCGCGCGACCUCACCAUUGUUCAUUUAUCUUUGUACAAUAAAUUGCGUAGACAUCGCC